AAUACACCACGUGUCUAUCGCUGAUGUAGUGUUGACAUUUUGUCGUUGAGUCUAGGUUGCUGCAACGAAAUUCUCCAAAUCACCUUUUAAAAAGUUGGCAAACAGUCAUGGCAACUUUAUUUGGUUUUGACCACAGGGUUGUUGCUAUACCGACAUUAGCAGUUUCAGUUGGGAUAGCGGCGUACACUACAUAUCGUCUGUAUUCUGAAAGAAGUCAACGAAAAAAACAAAAUGUCUAUGAGUCGACGAAAUUGCUGAGUGAAUAUCUGAUUUUUCAUUAUGGCCUGCCAAGCGAAGUUUUAAAAUAUGACUUCGGCCCAAAAUCAGCCCUAGACUUCCCUAAAAGAUGUGCAGAACUGUGUCUGAAACAUUAUAAACCCCAGGCAGGUGUUCCUGCAAGAGGUUUAGAUAUUGGUUGUGCUGUUGGAAGAUCUACAUUUGAACUAGCAAGAAUAUUUGAUGAGGUCAUAGGUUUAGAUUACAGUCAAUCAUUUGUUGAUGCAUGUAAUGAACUGAAAAGCGAAGGGUUGAUUAACUAUAGUAUUGUUGAUGAAGGGGAGUUAACCACCGAUUUAACAGCUCGUGUUGAUAAAAGUAUUAACCGGAGCAGAGCCAGUUUUAUACAAGGAGAUGCAUGUUGUCUACCAGCAGAUUUAGGACAAUUUGGAGUAGUUUUAGCAGCCAAUCUAAUCUGCCGUCUACAUCACCCAUUUGAUUUUUUGUGGCGGCUAGCUGAUAUUGUGGCACCUGGUGGUAUUCUUGUCAUCACAAGUCCCUAUACAUGGCUUUCAGAAUACACAGAAAAGAAAAACAUGAUGGGUGGAUAUUAUGACAAGGAUGGACAAGCAGUUACCGGAUUUAUGACAUUGAUGAAAGCACUGGGUCCAUGUUUUGACCUGGUGGUAGAUGAAAACAUGCCCUUCUUUAUCAGAGAAACAGCACAUAAGAACCAAUGGACAGUAGCACAUGCAACAGUUUGGAAACGCAAAAACCCAUAGAAAGUGUUUGUAUGAUUAUUUUUUUGUAUGAAAUAGUAAAGAAAUUGUGAUAAACCCUUAAAAUUCCAUUACAUUUGUGUUAGCAGAUCUUUACUUGUUUGCACAGGGUUGCAUUUCAAGUAUGAUAAUUAUUUGGCAGAGCGUUUAGUGAGAAAAUAUGAAUUAUAUUUAUUAGAUUAAAUGCUUUAAUAGACAUUGCAUUCACUCAUAUAUUGAUAACAUGUACCAAAUAGAUAUGGCAAUUAAAUCAAAGUAGUCAUUAGAUUUUCAGCUUUAACCCGAAAUCAAAGUAUUUUAUAUACAACAAAGUUUGUCUAUUAGAAUAUUAAUGUAACAAAUUAUAUCAGGUGAUUUCGUCUCAUAAACCAUUUUCAUUUCUUUCGAUCAGCAGUCUCCUUGAGUGGCAUUCAUAUUAUCAUUUAACAAAGAUAUGGUGAAUCCACUCACUAUCUAAGUCAUCCAAUGGUAUAGAGAGUUGAUUCUGGGCUUGUCAUGUGAAUAAAUAUCUUAAAUGAUAAUUUGAAGCCAGAAAAAAGCCCAUGCAUAAUAUAAUGCCUCUUUAAUUAAAUAUUUUUGUUAUUAAUCCAUCUUAAUUAAGUGUUUAAGAGUUUAUUUAACAAUACGUUAAAUCAUGGUUUUAUAAGUAAGGUCCAUGGUUAAAUAAACAUUUAUUUAUGUUACAGUAAUAUAGAGAUGAAACAGUCCUAUCAAAAUACACUCUGAGAUGAACCCACCGAAUGUAAUUUGGUGCUUUUUUUUUAUAUUCUCCUUGGUUUAAUCCAGCUGUCAAGAUGCAAUAUCACAGGAUCUCAUAAUGUUAAUAUUGGAUGUUGAAAAAUCCAUGUUAUAUCCCAUGGAUGCAUAUUUGUCUGCGAUGUCACCCAAGGUGGAAGUGGACGUUAAGUUAAGCCUUAAGAAUGAAUGAACGAAACCAUUCGUAUUCAUGAAAUCUUGUUAGCUGUACAGGACAGAUUUCUCAGAUUGAACCCUACCAAAUUUCAAAAUUGUUGGAUUGUAACUUCCACAUUUUUACUGUUAAAGCUUGUGAACUAUAUACACGAUAUAGUGCUUGAUUGUUCAUUGGGCCGAAAAAAACUAUCAAUAUUGUAAAUUUCAGAGUUAUUUCCCUGUUCAUGUUUGGACUAGGAUUUACAUUUACACCAUGACAAACAUUUAUGUGGGAUUGUUGAGGCAGAGGAAGAAUUGUAAAUUGAAGAGUUAUCUCCCUGUUUUAUACUUGUGACUGUGAUUUCAUAAUGGAAUUUUCUAAAACUUGCUCACUUUGGUUUUCAGACAAUUAAUUAAGAGCUAGCAUGGAUGAAUUUGCUGGUGGUGGUUUUUGUAUUAGUAGGUCUCUCAAACCCUUAUAAUAUUGAUUAUAUUUUCAUGUGAUACAUCAUACUUUAUUUUAUCAAUAUAUCCAAAUUUGUUAUAUUUUUGUUUAAUAUGCUUGUUAAUAUACUUAUUUCAGUAUACUGUUCAUGUAUUGUAGUUAUAUUUUGUAAUCAAU